AAUGUGUGUCACAUUUUGCGGGAGAAGGGAAAUGGUAACCCCUGCCAAGUUUCUUUGACCUACUUUCCGUGCAGCGCCCAAUGCAGCACAGAGAAGGCACAAGUGAGCACAAGGCAACAACGUCUGGAGCUGCUCUAACUACCAUUUUGAAACAUGUCAACGGGGGAUAUGGCGCUGGACACGCCAUCAACGUCAAUAACCCAGUCAGAAAUCUCGCGCCUGGGCGGCGUGGAGGCCCUGAGGUUGAAGGUGGGUCCGGUUCGGAGGAACCUCUUCGGCCCCGUGGACCACCAGCAGCUGCGCGAGGACUUCCAGCGCCUGCUGUGCAUGAGCGUCGAGGCGGCCAACAAGCGCUGGAACUACGACUUUGUCAGCGACACGCCGGGAACCGGAUCCAACGUCCUGUGGGAGGAGGUCCGCUGUCAGGACGUGCCGGGCUUCUACCGCGGCGGCGUGGCGCGGUCGGGCAAGCCCGUGCGCCGGAGCUCCACCUCGUCGGGCGAGGGGUCCCCGAUGUCCAGCAGCUCUUCCGGAUCCGGGGACGAGUACCUGGAGGUGACCGCCAGGGAGUACUACCGGCUGCAACGGCCAGAAAAACGCAGACAAGCUUCCAUCACGGAUUUCUUCAAGGUGAAGAGGAGGCGGCUUCUAUAUUAUAAGGGCUCAUCCCGGCAAUAGGAGUGCCACGUCGAGCACGUGUACAUAUGUAGCAUUGAAUACAUAUAUUCGAUAUACUGUUUUCUUUUGCUUUUUCGCUAUACUGUGAAAAGAUAUAUUACGUGCACUCUUACGGUCAACAAACGGACCAGGGAGAGGAGUUGUCAAGGGGCGAGUUUAGUUUUGAUAAGAUGAGUUCCUCUUCCUGGCCCCCCGUGCCACACGGCGUCGUCGUUUCACACCCCCACCAACACGAGGUCAAAACCUCACCCGGGGUAAAAAAAAAAAAAAAAAAAAAUCUAAAGAGUUUAAUUCGCUCCAGGUUUGUUUGAGAUCAACGGUGGAGGUUCAACGAUGAGGUCAUGUGGUUUGACGAAUAAUUCCAAUCCUAAUAUUCCUAUUUAUUUAUUUUUACACAAUGCUAGAUCGUAUAAAAAAAUUUUUUUAAAGACCCGCAAUGUGUAAAACGACGUUAAAAGAUGUUUGUGGAUCCGCGUGCCAUCGCCCCCCAAAUUUUUGUGAUUACGACUCCACCGUUGCCACGAGGAAAUUUCUAUUCAACAACACGACGCAAAAAAAAAAAAAAAAACUCACACUCUUGUCUAUACUCUCGCUUCUAACUUUGUAUUCGUCACCUUAAGGGGUAUAAUAACAUCUUUUGCAUUUUGGCGGCAGUCCAAGACAAACCUUACUUCGUUUUGGGUUAUUUAGAGCUUGACGCUUUUGAAUCAUGUAGCAUGGAAAAUUUUAAUGGUAUUUUCUCCGUUGAAGAUUUUACCCACAAACUACACAAUUCAAAAUUAUGGUUUUAAAAGCCGUAAGUUGGAUGAACCCCUCACUACCUCAAAUACACACACACACAAAAAAAAUGCAGCUCAGGUUGUUUGCCUCUGUUGAGUCAGUCAAGAGAAAUUGAAGUGGGGGUGGGAAAGGGAGGGUGGGGGGCUGUCUUUUGUUGUUGAUUUUGUAGUCAAAGUCGCAGCGCUCAGUUUCACGUCGGGUAAAAGAGUCAGCGAGGGGCUCGGAGGAGACCUCGGAGGGGGGGGUUGGGGGGGGGGGUGCACUGCUUUUGUUGUCACUCACUUGGCCUUUGAGUUGCUUUGACAGCCGAGUGGGGGGAGGGAGACGCGAGCUAGUCCGAGAAAAAGCUUUGGAGUCCUUUUGAAUCAAGGCUUUUAAAAUUUUUAUUUCUAUUUUAAAUGACAUUAUCAUGAUUAAUUAUCUGCCUACAGCCCCCAUUUUGAAUCCCCCAAUUUCUCUUUGCUGAUUCAACCGCCUCACUAACUGCAAGAAUCAUUCCCUUGGUUUUAAAAAAGUAUAUUUCAGAAAUAUUUUAUUGUAGUAGCGUCUACCUUUAUAUGUGUGUGAGAAACAUUUACAAGCUUCUGCUAAAGACAAAAAAAAAAUAACUUAUUGUGACUUUAUAUUGUUUGUUGAGAAUGAUGAAAAUCCCUUUUUUUGUAGCUAUGACUAAUUGUGUCAUUUCUGAAAUAUUUGCACUACAGAGAGAUAUUUUUGUAUUGUAAUCUUUAAACCAAUAAAUACAACACAGAAAAAAAUAAAUAACUAAAAAGGACUAAUCUUUUUGACAGUUCGGCUUUUUCGGUUUCUCACAUUUUCCUGCCGGGCGCAAUUUCCUCGUUGCCUCAUGAAGUCCGUUGGGAAAGAUCCAAGCGAGCCUUCAUGCAAUCUUUGCUGUUCCAAUUUAUUUGUUGCAGCUUUGCCAGUGUCUUUAUUUUUAUUUUAUUUUUUUGUUUUGCAGUCUUAUAUAAAUGUAUGAUAAUCAUUGUAUACCGUUUGUCAUCAUGUCGGACAGAGUCAUACAUUUGUCUGGAAUUGUUGAAGAGAUUCUGAAUAUCGCCGGGAUUUUAUUUCCUGUGCUCGAAUGAAUAAAAAUACUUUUAUGGAUUUAUGAA